GCUUUCUUCGAUACCGGAAUCCACACACAUUCAAAACACACAUCCCCAUUGCUACAGAGCAAAUACCUACUUACUCCUCAACGUCAACCUCGAUCAUGUCCGAACCAUGUCAACUGCCUGUUAUCAUAGCCGGUGCCGGAAUUGUAGGCCUCGCACUGGCACAAGCACUGAAGAAGUCCGGGGCCCCGUUCUGUAUUUACGAGCGUGACCAGAAUCUUCACGCAAGGUUCUCUGGAUGGGGCCUUUCUGUCAACUCGGAAGCCCUGAGGCACUGUUUGCCAAACAGCUUGUUCGACCGCCUAGAUUCAAUUCAGGUUGAUCCCCGGCAGCGACCCACUAGUGAUAUCGGGACCGGGUUCCUCAAUCUCGAAACAGCGCAGCCAUGGCUCACCAUCCCGUCUAGCCUUCGCCGCCGCGUCGACCGCGGACGGCUCCGGGAGCUGCUCGCCACCGAUAUUGACGUCAAGUGGACCAAAAGGGUCGUGAGCUUCAAGCUCACCGACUCUGGCGUCUCCGUGUGCUUUUCCGACGGAACGAAGGUGGAAGGCUCUGUACUAGUUGCAGCAGAUGGCAGCGGGAGUCGAGUACGAAGACUGUUGGUAGGAGACCGGGUGGGACGCCUUAACCCAGUCCCGGCCCACUACCUCGCCGUUACCGUCCGCUUAACAGAGGACACGUUGAACCAGUUGCCUCACCCCGUCAUCUUCCAGGGUAGCCAUCCAGCUACGGGAUAUUACAUGUUCUUCUCAACCCUCUCAACGCCAGAGGUGAACGGGAGCCGUCGUACCAGCAACCCGUACUACGAGGCUCAACUUGACGUGAGCUGGCUGUCUGAGGGACCAGAAGACGUGGUGCCGCGGACCAACGCGGCUCGGCUUGCUAGGAUCAAGCACAUGGCGGCAAAGGAUACUGGGUUUCACAUCACCCUGCGAAAGGUCAUCGACGACAUCCCCGACGACACCCAAGUCAGCAUUGUCAGGUUGGCCGACUGGCCCACAACCAGCUGGGAUGGUUUCGGCGGCAGGGUCACGCUGCUCGGGGACGCAGCUCACCCUAUGACCAUGUACCGGGGCGAGGCCGCGAAUCAGGGGUUUACGGAUGCCAAGAACCUUGCGCAACAGUUGGCUCUAUGGCAUGGCGGCAGCAAGACUCGCCAAGAAGCACUGACCGCGUAUGAAACAGAAAUGGCCCAGCGUGGCCGUGAAGCUGUGCUCCUCAGCCGACAGGCUUGCUUGGAUGCUCACAAUCUUCACAAGCUGACACCCAACAGCCCCCUGAUUGGCAAACGGAAUAGCCCAACGCGUCCGUGUUGAAAAGAAAGAGAGCGAGCCACGGAAGGGUCUGUUGAAGGCUUUUUCGAUGUCAGAAUAGGUAAGGUAUGUCUGGGCACCAUGUUGAUAGUUGCUGUCGGGGAUAAACCUUCAACAUAGAA